AUGCCUCCUCCUCUAAUAGAUUAUGUCGCCCAAUCUCUUCCACAGCACUGUGAGCCUACGUCGCCCUUCCUCGCUACGAUCUCGUCCUAUCUCCACAUAUGCCUCCCCACCCCACUUGCCCUGCUUUCGUCGACCCUCGGCACGCUGAGCAUUGUAUCAUGGCUGUUCGCCCAGCUUCCUCAGAUCUAUAAGAACUUCCAACUGCAGUCGACUUCCGGGCUAUCUAUAUUUUUCUUGAUUAUAUGGUGUUUCGGUGAUAUGGGCAACCUGCUCGGUGCUCUUCUUACCCGGCAAGCCACCUGGCAGGUGAUCGUUGCGGGCUACUAUGUGUCAGUUGAUAUAGCUCUUGUAUUCCAGUUCUUCUGGUAUACUCACUACAAGGGGCGCCAAGGCGACGACUAUUCUACUAUUUCUGGUCACGAUGACGGCGCUGCCCCUCCGAAUGUCAUCGAGGCCUACUCGUUUUCCGAGGACGAUUACACCGUGAACGGUCUGUCACCGCAAGUUGGCGCUAGUUCAGAUUCGAAGGAUACCAGCGAUAUCAAAGAUCAAUCUGUCGGCACCAUUAACAAUGCGUCAUCGUCUUAUUCAAAAGAGACCCUGAGUUCUUCCCGGCGAGCUAUUGUUCGAUCCGGCGGCGGCCUGAGCGUUCAAAACUCCGCCGCACGAACUGUGUUGCUAGCGUCGAUGCUUUGCGCUGUGGCCGCCAACGCAGCCCCGACCGACGUUGAUCCACUUCCGCCUUCUUCGGGGUUGACCCUUGAAUUCCUUGGCAGCAUCUUUUCUUGGAUGUCCACGGUUCUAUAUCUCGGCUCGCGACCUCCACAGCUGUACAAGAACUACUGUCGCAAGAGCACCUCCGGCCUGUCUCCCUUGCUAUUUAUGGCUGCAUUUGGCGGGAACUUCUUUUACUCGUCGUCUCUCUUAACGAAUCCAAACGCUUGGUAUGACUUGCCUCCAUACGGCGGUGGCGGAUGGGCAGACGCCGACGGCAACGAUCGAGUAGAGUGGGUGGGCCGCGCCAUCCCCUUCUUCCUCGGCGCCUUUGGUGUUCUCUUCUUGGACGGUUUCAUGGGUGUACAAUUCCUCAUGUACGGCUCUGAUGAUGAAUCCGUGAUCGAUGUUGAAGACCACAAGCGCGGACGAAGCCGCUGGAAGCGAGUCCACGGGUGGAUGAGAGGCUGGAUCCCCUCUCCCGUGCGCAAACAAACCCCAGAGUCCAGCGCUGAGGGCCAGGCUCUUCUUAACGAAGACCGACAGCACUACGGUGCGGUGUGA